AGGACCGUCCGGUAUUUAUGCAGGCGGUGAUUUGGACACUCGUUCUUAUAUUUAAGCAAAUCUGUCUGCGAAAGUAAGUCCCAGACUAGUGACCUUCUCUGCUUUUGAACCUUGCGUGCAACUAUCCGUCCCGCGCUGGCCGUGCUGCACGUCUACUGUAGCGGAAAACCUUGUGGUGGCGGCCGUGGAGCCUCCAACAUUACUGGAAACUAUCGUGAAGUGGCAAAACAGCAAUUACUAGCCUUGCAUUAGCACCAAGAGGAACAUGGACUCGCCGAUUGCAUUACUCGGGGGUCGCCCCUGGGCAGUCAUUCUCCCGCUAUUUCGCUUAAUACGUCGCGUCCUACCCCAGGACAUCCAAUUGUGGCUGAGUCAAAUCUCCUGCAUACUUUCUAUCUCAACAUGCGCUUCGGUAAUUCGUUUUGCCCCUUCCGGCUUCCCAGAUUCCGGUAAUGGCCUCUGGUAUACUUCUCCGGGUACGAAAUGGGCGCAUGAUCUACUCCCAAUUGGGAACGGACAUUUGGCUGCCAUGCUUCUGGGAGGGACAACUCAGGAGUCGAUCCAACUUAACAUAGAGUCCCUGUGGUCUGGCGGACCGUUUCAAGAUCCUACUUACAACGGUGGCAAUAACUUGCCUUCGCAGCGAACUCAACUAGCCGAGGACAUGCGGAGGAUUCGUCAAACUAUCUUCUCUAGUCCAAGUGGUACCAUUGACAACAUUGCCGAGAUUAUGACACCUGCGGGUGCCUAUGGAUCUUACGCGGGAGCGGGAUACAUACUUGUAACAAUGAAUACAACCGGUCUAGUAUCUGGAUAUGUGAGGUGGCUUGACCUUGAUACAGCUGUUCAGCGUACCAUGUGGUCGCAAAAGGGUGUCCAUUUUGUUAGGGAGUCUUUCUGUUCCCAUCCUUUGCAAGCCUGCGUUCAGCACAUCAACACCACAUCAUCGACUCUCCCAACAUUAACUUAUGCUUACUCCGUUGCUGCUGAGACAGGGCUCCCCUUACCGAACAUAACCUGCUUCGACAACUCAACCCUACGUAUCAGGAACGUUAUCUUAGAUCCCGGUAUGCUCUACGAAAUCCUUGUUCGUGUCGAGGCUCCAGGUGGCAGGGUGUCGUGUACUGCUAAUGCUAGUUCAAGUCCAUCUAAUGCCACACUUAUCGUGACCCACGCAUCGGAAGCAUGGGUCACCUGGUUCGGGGAUACGGAUUACGACAUAGCAGCUGGAGAUUCCGCUUCCAACUUUUCUUUCCAGGGACCCGACCCCCACAACAACCUCAUCGAUCUCAUGUCCUCUGUAUAUGCAAACACUGAUUCAUAUACCUCCAUUCUCGAUGCCCAUAUUUCGGACUAUGUAUCACUUAUGGACAGGUUUUCUAUCUCACUGGGUCAGACCCCAGACUUCAAAACGCCUACAGAUCAGAUCGUUGCGUCAUACCGAAGCCAUAUUGGCAAUCCCUAUUUGGAAUGGCUUCUAUUCAAUUAUGGAAGAUAUCUAUUGGUUAGUAGCGCUAGAGGAAUUUUGCCUGCAAACCUGCAGGGGAAAUGGGCAGAUGCGCAAUCUAAUGCUUGGGGCUCUGACUACCACUCGAAUGUCAACAUCCAGAUGAACUAUUGGUUUGCUGAGAUGGCCAAUCUAGACGUCACACAAUCACUCUUCGAUUAUUUUGAGAAUACAUGGGUGCCACGCGGUAGAUACACCGCGGAAAUCCUGUACAAUGUCAGUCGUGGAUGGGUCACACACAAUGAAAUGAAUAUCUUUGGGCAUACUGGCAUGAAGUUGUCAGGAAAUUCCGCUCUGUGGGCUAACUAUCCGGAAUCCAACGCUUGGAUGAUGAUCCACAUCUGGGAUCACUUAGAUUAUACCAAUGAUGUUAAGUGGUGGAGGCGUCAAGGAUGGCCCCUGCUCAAGGGUGCCGCGAGCUUCCAUCUGGAGAAGCUCGUUGAGGAUUUGCACUUCAAUGACACCACCCUUGUAACUGUACCCUGCAACUCACCAGAGCAAACUCCGAUUACCUUCGGGUGUGCGCACUCUCAGCAACUGAUCUGGCAAAUGUUUAAUGCAGUCGAAAAGGGUUUUGUUAUCGCUGGCGACAGCGACAUCGGCUUCCUCGAUGCCAUUCGCACAAGCAGGGAGAAGAUGGACAUGGGCCUCCGGAUCGGGCGAUGGGGUCAGCUCCAAGAGUGGAAGGUAGACAUAGACCAACCGACAGAUACCCAUCGCCACCUCAGUCAUUUGAUAGGAUUAUAUCCAGGAUAUGCCAUCGCCUCGUAUUCCCUUUCCUUACAGGGUGGUCUGACCGUCGAUGGAACGUUCAUGAAUUAUACAAAGGAGCAGGUUCUCGACGCUGCGGAAAUCAGUCUUAUUCAUAGAGGUAAUGGGACUGGACCGGAUGCUGAUGCAGGCUGGGAGAAAGUUUGGAGGGCUGCUGCUUGGGCACAGCUCGGCAAUGGAACCGAAUUUUACAAGGAAUUGACUUAUGCCAUAGAGAGGAAUUUCGCACAGAAUUUGUUUUCGCUGUAUACCUAUGGAUCGACUAUCUUCCAAAUUGAUGCGAAUUUCGGAUAUCCGGCUGCGGUACUCAACGCAUUGAUACAGGCACCGGAUGUAGCCCGCAUGAAUAUCCCUCUUGAAGUCACUCUUCUCCCUGCAUUGCCUCUAACUUGGUCGUCUGGCUCGGUCAGAGGCGCGCGAAUACGCGGUGGGAUCACGCUCGAUCUCUCAUGGAAACAUGGGAAACCCAAUGUGGCAAAGUUCACUGUCGACGAUGACGUUGCUGAUCGGGUGAGGGAUGUCAAUGUGAACUAUGCUGGUCGUGUAGUUGGGCGAUUCAGGAGUAAUCCCGGGACAAUCAAGAACAUUCGAUUUUGAUGAAUCUUAAGUGGUUUGCUGUGAAUAUUAGUACUACGACGCUGUUUGCAUUCACGGCGGUUUGUAUAGCAUAAGAAGACACACGUCGUCGCAUUAAUGGGGUAGUGGUAACCUGGGUCGUUGCCAUCGACCCGCCGGGGGUUCGAUUCCCUCUUAAUGCAUGUUUUUUUUCUUUGGUCUCGCACGAGACUAAUUCAUACAUUCUAUUGCUCUUAGCACUACAAAAAGGGGACAUGGUGAUCAAAUAUGUAGGCAUACUGGCAACUACAUCUAGGAGAAGUAAAGUUGUUUUUUUUCUGCCAUCCAUCUCCGUCUCUG